GAGGCGAUGCUGGAGUUCAGACAGACGAGCGCACCGCUCAGAGAGCAGCUCCAGUCAUGCCGUACGCAGACUUAAAUUAAGCCAAACUUUGGAUAUUCUCCACUGACCUGCUGUUUACACCGCCAACAUGGAGUACUGGAGGCAAUGUGCAAUGUGGCUGAUCAGCUGCAGGGUGCUGCCAAAGAACCACCGAAUAACUGCGGAAACGGCGCAGGUGUCCGACCUGGCGCAGACGCUGCGGGACGGGGUGCUGCUCUGCCAGCUGCUCAACAACCUGAGGCCAGACACCAUCAACCUGAAAGGGAUCAAUCUCAGGCCACAAAUGUCACAGUUCUUGUGCUUGAAGAACAUUCGGACAUUCCUGUCUUCCUGCUGCGAGGUGUUUGGGCUCAAGAAAAGCGAUUUAUUUGAUGCCUUUGAUCUCUUCGAUGUUCGAGACUUUAAAAAGGUAAUGGAGACUCUUUCAAAGCUCUCUUAUUCGUCAAUUGCUCAACAAGCAGGAUUCAAGCCUUUUCCAACAGAGGAGAAUCUAAAAGACGAGGACAUUUACAACAACCUUGAGGACUUGUUUGAUGAGAAUGUUCCUGAGGAUGAGGAUGACUUGUAUGCAGCGGUCUAUGGGCUGGAAGACAACUAUGCCGGGGGAGACAUUUAUGAAGACCUGAUGAGAACUGAGCAGCAUCCCCCUCUGGCAGAGGUGGAUGUGCGAAGUUGCUGCCUCACAGAGAUCAAACAGACCGAAGAGAGAUAUACAGAGACCCUUGAGUCCAUUGAGAAGUAUUUCCUGAAUCCAUUAAAGAAGUUCUUUUCAGCGACUGAAAUUGACAGGGUAUUUGUCAACAUUCCAGACCUGGUCCAAGUUCACAAGAACCUCUUGGUUGAUGUGCAAGAUUCCAUUCUGAAUAAUAAUGCUUCAAAUCUUCACCAAAUAUUUAUCAGCUAUAAAGAGAGAUUACUCAUUUAUGGGAUAUACUGCAGUCGGGUGGAGACUGCCAUUGCUGUUUUAGACUUCAUCUGCAAAGAAAAAGAGGAUGUUCGCCUGAAACUGGAGGAGUGCUCCAAAAGAGCCAACAACGGGAAAUUCACACUGAGGGACCUGCUGGUGGUCCCAAUGCAGAGAGUUCUAAAGUACCAUCUCCUGCUACAGGAGCUAGUUAAACAUACUUCUGAAUCUUCUGAUAAGAGCAACUUGAAUGAGGCUCUUGUUGCAAUGAAAGACCUCGCUCAGUACGUCAACGAAGUGAAGAGAGAUUGUGAGACUCUGAGGGAGAUCGAUCAAUACCAGAGUACCAUCGAAAACCUGAAUCAGUCUCUUGUCAGUUUUGGUCGGCCAAAAGGAGACGGAGAAGUACGCCUGGUCUCCACCGUUGACAGGAGGAAACAAGACAGACACAUCUUUUUAUUUGAUGUGGCAGUCGUUGUUUGCAAGAGAAGAGGAUACAACUAUGAGAUGAAGGACAUUUUGGAUCUUCAUGACUUCAAAGUUACCAACAACCCCACAUCUGACAGAGAGGGCAAAAAGUGGUGUUAUGGGUUCUAUUUGACGCACCAGCAGGGCGUCACGGGGUUCGAACUCUUCUUCAAGACCAGAGAACUGAAGAAAAAGUGGCUGGAUCAGUUUGAAAUGGCCAUAUCAAAUAUUCGACCGGAAAAGGCUAAUCACAAUUCCCACCUGUUCAAAAUGCACACAUUUGAACGGAUCCCUUCCUGCAGCUAUUGCCACCUUUUGCUCAGGGGCAUCUUUAACCAGGGCUAUCUCUGUCAGAAAUGUGGCCUGGGGGCUCAUAAGGAAUGUCUAGGUCAACUGGGAGUCUGUGGACAAUCAGCAGAUCCUGUCAAGCUGAGGCCCAAGGACAGCACAACACCACAACCACCAGGUUUACCCAGGAUGGUUGUGAUCAGAGACUACAGUGGGAUCCCCAGUCCUCACUGUGGUCCCCCACUAAGCAUUCAUGUGGGGGAUGUCAUUGAGCUCAUGUUUGCUGACCUGCACAGCUCCUGGUGGCAGGGUAAAAUUCUGACUACAGGCAAGAUUGGCUUCUUUCCAAGUGAUGCUGUGAGGCCUUGCCCAUGUGUUCCAAAACGUGUCGAUUAUUCCGCCCAGUUAUGGUUUGCAGGACCCAUGGAGAGAUACCAGGCUGAGCUGGAGCUCCAGGACAGAGGAAACAGCACUUACCUCAUUCGGCACAGGAGUAAAGAGUGCAACGAAUAUGCAAUCAGUAUAAAGUUCAACGAUAAAGUCAAGCACAUUAAGAUUCUGACCAAGGAUGGGGGCUUUUAUAUUGCCGAGAGUCGACUAUUCAAGACUGUGCUGGAUUUGGUUGAGUACUACAAACAGCAUUCACUAAAGGAGGGUUUCAGCAGCUUUGACACCACUCUGCAGGUUCCCUACAGGGAGGUGUCCAAUGGAAACAUGCCCAGGGCCAUUACCAAGGUUGGCAGUGUCUUUUCUCCUAGAGUAGUUGGUAUUGCAGUGGCGCGUUACAAUUUCAACUCCAGAGACGCACACGAGCUCUCUCUGCUGCAGGGAGACAUUAUCAAGAUCCACACCAAGGUGUCCAGUGGAUGGUGGAAGGGAGAAGUCAAUGGCAGGGUGGGCUGGUUUCCCUCUAACUAUGUGGAUGAAGAGGAAUGACAGAGUGAGCUGAAUCGUGUCUACUCGGCGUCUGCUGACACCUGACCACCUUCGAUGCACGCAAGGUUGCUCUGCUACUACAAGACAGAUCUCUCUGACAAAACUCUUCGGUCUCAGACACGAGGGAAGGCGGCAGUGCCCCUUAAAAAGUCCCUAUGCAGAACUAUCACAUGAGGAUUUGGGCUGUCAAAUUAGAGACUCCGGGAUUGUCAUACCGAAAUUUGCCCCUCGGUGGCUCUGUCUGUCCCCACGGAUCUCCAGACAAAACGUGUGCUGAUAACUCUCCUCCCUCUAUUCCCUAUCACUUUCUCUUAUAAUUGAUGACUCAAUUGGCAGCUGUAAGAAUUGUCUUUCCUGUCAUCAUGUUUCGACACCAGGAAGGCUCAGUCACCCAGCGAGAGCCGAGAUCCUGCUGACGUUACAUUAAAAGGAAGAGCCGAGGAGAUUUGACUUUGGCUGGAACACUGACACCCCCUCGACUCCAGGACUUCAUAAUUUGUUUUCAGAUUUUAGAUUUGGAUUUGUAUAAACCACAAACACUGGAUGGAUACAAACCUCCUUUAAAUGCAUUAAAUUCAACAUGAUUUGACAAUAUAUUUAAAAAAAAGAAUGUCUGUUAGAAUUACAGUCUAUAUAGUAUCAUUCUGUCCUGUGUUCAGUGUGACUGAAGGUUGGACUUAUCUGGACUGGAUGCAGUUCCUGCAAAGUGUGGAAAGUUGCAGGCAGGAAACCGGUAAAGUGUGACGAUCUGAAAAACACUGUUGCUUAUUCCCACAUUCACAGAUAUGCUUACAUAUCAGAAGUUCUUUGUUGCCAGUGGGAACAACGUGGGAUUGAACCAGAUCGUUUGAGCAUAUUGAAAUUUCUGUGGAAAACUGCACCGCCAUCUGAACCUCUGCUGUUCAUUAUUGGAUAAAAACACUUUAAAAGCUGUCUAACCUAUAAUGUAAUAGCACAACGUUAUCAAAUAUACAAUCAGACGUGCACAAAAUGAGUUGUCUGUGGUGAGAUGUGUGGUGUGUCUUUUAAGAAGUCCCUGUGGAAACCUUUUUGCAUUCUACAGAUUUUGUGUUUACCUCAACUCUUUUUAGUCUCAGAAUGAGUGAUUCAAGGGUGAUGUAACAACUGUUCACAAUGGAGCAAGGUAGCACAAGGGCGUUAAGUGAUGAGGUUUUCCUUCAAAAGUUAACACCCCGCUAACCAUGUGUGUAACAUCAAUAUUUAAUAAAAGCAUACUCUUUGAAC